AUGCUUGUUAGCGAUUUUGGUGUUGCGACCAUUUUCUUGCGUAUCGCUUUGAAUCUGGCCAUUUCACUCAAUAUUCAUCCACUCUACUUGGGACUACCGACAGCAAUCUGUCCCUCCUUGUCGUCAAUGUUCCCGAUGGCUUCGCCGUCUAAUGCAAUUGUUUACGAUGCUGGUGUCAUCAGUAUACCUGAAAUGGCACUUGCUGGUAUCAUAUUGAAUGUGUUAGUGUACGUGAUAACAAUAGCAAAUAUGAACACUUUGGCUUAUUGGGUAUUCGAUUUCGGGACAAUACCAUCGGAUUUACGACACCUCAGUUUGAAUACAACUUGUGCAUAUUAA